AUGCGUCUUCUUUUCUGCGCUUUGCUACUGAAAGUUAUGGCUACCGGCUUGCCCCAAGGGCGUCUUUUAAAAGACGGGAUUUCUGCUUGGCUCGGGGUCCGCUACGCCGAUCAACCAGAAAGAUUUCAGCGAGCUAGUUUGGCAAAUGAUUGGAAAGAUGAGCCUGGAAACAGCAUGGACAAACCUGCAAAAGCGUGCCCUCAAGCAAAAUGUUUCUUCUACCCACAUUUCCCGUCCUCUAAGUUUCACCCAAAUCUUGGACUCGAUGACACGCAUUUGGCAAUUAAAUUCAUCUCAAAAAAUAUUCAUGAGUUUGGAGGGGAUCCAAGUCAAAUAACAUUGAUUGGACAUUCUGCUGGGGCAUGCUCUGCUCAUGCGCUGGCCAUCUCGACUGCCGUCGAUCAAGGCGCAUUGAUUUUUCCGAAA